UCUACUCUACUUAGUCUGUGCUCGGCGAGCUUGGGCGACGCAAUAAAAACUAAUCUGAUGUCUGUCAUUCCGUGAUGUGAUGUCAAAUAUUGUAGUUAUUCUUCUUUGUUUUGUGAGAUUGUGUAUAAUUUGUACCUACAGUCAUUGAUUUUAACAUUUUUUAAAGAGUGAGCUCACGUUGUAUCUAUAAAAUGAGCACGUCGAGAGGAAACGUGUCCCGAAAAAGACCACAAAAACAUCAAAAUAAAACAGCUUUUAAAAACGACUUGCAUGAUACAAGCAAAAAAACUAAAUUAUUGAACUCUUUGGAAAUAUCAGGACUAUGUAAGAGGUGCAAGGAUAUCAUUGAUUGGAAGAUUAAAUAUAAGAAGUACAAGACUCUUACUGCUCCUGGGAAAUGUGUGGCUUGUGGUCAAAAAACGGUCAAGCAUGCAUACCACGUGAUGUGUUCCAAAUGUGGUGCUGAUAAGAAUGUUUGCACAAAGUGCUGCAAACACCCAGAAAAUGAUGAAGGAUCAAUGCAAAGUAAUGCAGAGUCAAUCCUAAAUACAGAUUUGGAGGCAAUGCUAAAAAUGUUACCAGAAAGGAAGCGUCGAUCAAUACUUAGGUUUAUAAAUAAACAUGAUGAUGGUGAAAAUAAAAUAACUCCUGAGUUGAUGUCUCACAUUGAAGAACUGACUGCUGGUAUUAAUAAUACUAAUAUUGAUGAUGAUGAUGAUAUGGACUUUUUAAGUGAUAGUGAUGAAGAAAAGUAAAGUAAAGAUUUAAUUACAGGUAUAUUUCUCUUUUACAACAGCUAUAAAAGUUAAUGUUUUAAAUACACUUCUCAUCAAAAAAAUCGAAACACCUUGCAAGUUUACGUUUUGUCAGGAUUAUCAGAAAAAUGUGUACAUUUAGGAAUAAAUGUUAAAUGUCGUUUAAUAGUGAGUAAUAUGAGCUUAUCAAAUCUUAAUGUUCUAAAUUUAAAUGAAUUUUUCAUAGGUUUCGUAUUUUGUUAAAUGAGUCAUUUUUAUUCCGUAUGGAGUAUAAAGGAAAUGGAUAAAACAACACACGUAAAUGAAAAAAAAAAGCUAAAAAACGUUUAUUUAAUAACUUGUAUUCCCUCCCCGAGCUCUAAUUACUGCUUCCAUACGGUUCUUCAUCGAUCGGAUGAGAGUCACGAUCACAUGCUGUGGUAUAUUGUCCCAUUCCUUUUCCAGAUUUUCUUUUCCAGAUUGCAUCUUGCAGCUGGCUAAGUGUUUCUGGGGCAGGAUCUCUUGCUCGAAUUCGUCUCUUUAAUUCAUCCCACAGAUGUUCAAUGGGAUUCAUGUCCGGGCUUCUUGCUGGCCAUUCCAUAAUAGAGAUAUCGACUUCGUUAAGAUAAUGUCGUACGACGCCCGCGGUGUGAGCCCUAGCAUUGUCGUGCAUGAAUAUGAAGCCGUUGCCAAUAAAAUGUGCAUAGGGCAUCACAUGAGGCUCGAGACACUCUUCGACGUACCGAUGACAGUUUAGUGCAGGCAGACGUGGCCCAGACACGAAAGCAAGCUCUGUCUUACCGUCGGCGCUGAUUCCUCCCCAAACCGUCCACGAACCGCCACCAUAGCUGACCUUUUCUUCAAUGCAGCAUUGUGCAUAGCGUUCUCCGUCUCUUCUGUAGACCUUGUUCCUUCCGUCGUUACCAUACAGCAUAAUUUUACACUCAUCAGAAAAGAGAACUUUGCUCCACUGUAGGUAUGACCAAUUUAGGUGCUCACGUGCAAAGUUAAGGCGCGCUCUUCGAUGGUCUGCAGUUAAUUUCGGCCCAUUUGCUGGCUUAUGCGGUACCAGUCCACGAUCCUUCAACCUUCUUCUAAUUGUAGAGUCACUUACAGCCACCCUUCGUACAACACGAAGCCGCUGCUGCAGUUGAAAAGCGUUAAGGCGUUGAUUUCUUAAAGAAGUUGUUACAAUAAAUCGAUCAUCUCGCUCAGAAGUAACCCGAUUCCUGCCAGAUCCUGAACGGCGCGUGAACAAACCAGUCUCCCGAUAACGUUUAUAGACUCUAUGAACAGAUGACAGGCUUAGAUGCAGUCUUGCAGCCACAACACGCUGACUAAGGCCAGAAUCCAGCAAUGCCACAACUUGGGCGGCUUCUGUGGGCGAAGUAUCCAUACGUUUUAGAAAAAAAACCUUUUUUCAGACGUCCCAAAGUCACAGUAUUGAAAUAAAAAACAAAAAGUUUAAGGAUAGGCGCCAAUUUUUAGUUUUUAAACGCUAAAUGUACUCCAACCCUAAACACACAUUUGUCUCAAAACAGUGAUUCAUUUCGUUUAUAAGAUAAACAAAUGAAAUUCUAAUUUUGAAUUUAGAAUUUUCGCUUAUUACUGUAAUGGCCAAACUGCCAGCUAUACAUUUAUGUAUUUUUUUUCAUCGUAUGAAUUCUUUUUUGUGUUAAAUUCGGACAGAAACAAUGAAAACGGAAGUGUUUCGAUUUUUUUGAUGAGAAGUGUAUAUUUAAUAAAUGAAUUAUACAUUAAAAA